AUGGAGGAAAGGUCUUUUAAAGUAUAGAGCUUUUUCAAGAAUCUAGUUUUAUUUUUUUUUGUAACUACGAAUCAGCUUGUUUAUUAUUUUUGGGUUAUGACACCAGAUAAAGAAUAAAGUGAUAGAUGGAAUACGGCAUAAAAAGUUUUAGUUUGGAUAGAAAUAGCCAUUUAACUUUGUAUAUAACUACUUAUUUUUUAUUAACUAUACAGAUAUACCCCAGAUGAAAUUAUGCAUCUAAUAGGAAUUGAACGUAGCUUUAAGGAAGAAGGUGAAGAUUAUAUGAUAUAGCUUCCAGAAGAAGUAUUGGAUAAAAAAUUUAGGCUAUUAUUUAUUUUAUUAACACUAGCUUUAGCUGUAACACAUGGCUAUGCAAAUUUAAAAGUGGAAAAUUCUGUUAACUAAAAUCAUUAUUAACUUUUUGUCUAUUCGAUAAUUUGUAUCUGUAACUGGUAUGAAGCCAAAAUGUAUUUAGGCAAAUUUGAUAUAAUAAUAGGGAGUUUAGGAUAUUUGCUAAGUGCUCUUAUAGAUGUUGGCAAUAAAACUCGACAAGAGAUUUUCUUUAUCUUUAUUUCUUAUGGCUUCUUUUUUUUAAUUUACUUCUAUAUCUUCUUAUUCUAGUAGUAUGGAAUCACACUAUAAAAUGAAUAACCAAACAAUGCUUAAUAUUUAUAAAAAACACCUUUAGACCCAAAAAUAACAAUUCUCAAUAGUUAAGACGAUGAAGCAUAAAAUAGGAAUCUAAUUAACCAAGAGUAACUUGAUAGACAAGGUUAGUCUUAAUCAAUAAAAAAAGUUACUAUUUUUUAAUUUCCUUUCUCUCAAUCUAUCAAUUUAAAUAGUGUUAACACAAAAAAAAUAUCUCAGUUUACAUUUGAUCCAUUUUAAUAUAACAAUACUAGAAAAACUGUAUAAAAUGGACUUAAUACUCUGAAUGAGAAUAUCUUGGACAAUAAGAUAUCUAAAAUAUUAAACUCUUUUAAUUAAAACUCAUAACCUAAUAAAAUUUAAUCCUUCCAAGACAGUAUAAAUUAGCACUUACAAUUUUAUUAGGGUAUGAUAGAUAAGUUAGAUUCUGCUAUAUUUGUAAUAGGAGGUCCUAAUAAAGUUUUUGAAUCGCUUAAUAAAAAGGCUUAAGUGUUUUUUUAGCCGUAUUUCUUAUAAAAAGGUAUUGAAGAUUCAUUAGAUUACAAAAGUAUUUUUGAUUUAAUUAAUCUUAAAGAUUUCAGUAAAAGCUGCUAUAGCUAUUUAGAAACGUUAGGCAUCUCUAAGAUACAAAUUCCAUGUCCUGAUUCGCCUAUGGACACUUUCUAAAAGAAAGGAACACUUGCUAGUUUCUAAUUUUAAUAAAACUAGGGCAUAUCAAAUCAUUCUCAGUUUUAAAAGUAAAACUCACCCUUUUUGAGUCGUUAAGCUGUAAGUUAAAAAAGCUAAUUCAACUUCAAUUACAAAACUUAAUAAUCAACUCUAAGUUAAGAUUAAAAUAUAAAUAAUGAGGAAUUCUUAAAUAAAUUAACCUUGCAAGACUCAAAGAGAUUGAAAAAAAUGUAUACCUUUACUGAAGUAAGUUUGCUAAGUCUUUUGUAGAAGUUAUUAGAGAAUAAAUAAAAAGUUUGCAUGUAGCAUGAAUAUAUUGAAAUCAUUGAGUUCACUACUGUUAAAGAAUUAGAAGAAAUUUUAAGAUUUGUUCAAAUCAAAAUAUAUGGAUUCAAAUCAAACGGUGAUGACUUUUUAUUUAUAUAAUUUGUAAAAAAUCAAGAAAGAGAAGAAAUGAUGAGAUAAACAAUUCAUAAGGACAUUCAGUACAAUACAUUUAAAACACUUUCACAUGAAUUAGGAACAAGCAUUAACUUUAUGCUUCUACUAUUAGAUUCUGCAAUAGUUGACAAGUCUAUUUCAUAAAAAUGCAAAGAAGAUUACAUAUUUAACUUAUAUAACAACUCGUAGAUGCUAAAUUGCAUCAUAUAAGACAUUAGAGAUUAUCAUAAUCAUUUAAAUGGAGGUCUGAAAGUUUAAAUUAAAUCUACAUAACUAAAGUCAUUGAUAAUAAAUACAUGUUUGAUAUUUUCAUAAAUGAUCAAAAUGAAAGAAAUUGAUUUAGAGUUUCUGAUUAGUUCAGAUGUGCCUUAAAUAGUUUUCACAGAUAAAUAAAAAAUACAAUAAAUUCUUAUACAUUUAAUACAUAACGCUAUUAAAUUUUCUAAAUAAAAUGCUUCUAUCUGUGUCUCUGUUAGCUUGAUCUAAGAUGAAUUAACAAAACAAAAAAUAGUAUGUAUAAAUGUAGCAGACAUUGGCGUAGGAAUGGAUGAGGAAGAAUAGUUGAAAUUAAGAUAGUUACUUGACAAUAUUUAUUAAUCAUAAAAAGUAUCAAAACAUUCUUCUGGUUUCGGAUUUGGUUUAACAAUAAGUAAUAUUCUGGCAAAAAAGCUUUAUUCAACUCACAACUCUUUCUAUGAAGGAAAUGCAUAAGCCAGUUAUAUAUAAAAAGAAGAAUAUCAACCAGGAAUACAUUUUACAUCUAAAAAAAAUGUAGGAUCAGAAUUUCGUUUUUACAUUAAUGCAACUGAUAGCGAAAAGUUAGUUGAAAAUUCAAUCAGUAGUGCAGAAAAAAAUAUUCUCAAAUCCAAGACUUAAAAGUUUAGGAUUAAUGAAUAUGAAUAUUUUGAGCAUGAAGAUGAUAUUGAAAUUUCUAAAAAAGAAUACGCAUAAUAAAAUGUAGAAGUUAAAGUAGCUGAUCAUUUGAGUGAAAUAGAUGCUACUUUUUCUGUCUAAAGAAGCCUCCGUCCAUUAUCAAAAAAAAUAACAUAAGUAUUUGAAAAAAUCUAGAAUACUAACAAUUAAAAAUAAAUAGAAAAAUCUAAAUUUGGAAUAGGAUUUGAUCCUUUAUUACUUAAAAAGACAAAUACUAUCUAGCAAGAUAACUAAACAGAUACUAACAAUAAUAAACUUACAGUUGGCCGUAAAGGUCAGAAGAAAAUAACUUUGUCUUACUUGAUUAAUUCAUAAUUUAGUAAGAAAUCAAUUACAUUUAAUCAGAAUGACGAUGUUGAAGAGGAUGUAUAAGUGGGAGUAAUGCCAGUUUUCACUAAAAAUGUUUAGACAAUAAGUUAAUGCUAUAAGAUUUUAAUAGUAGAUGAUGAGAUGAUGAACAUAUUUGGUCUAAAAAUGAUGUUUAAGAUAUUGGGUGUUGAUUAAGGACUCCUACUUUAGGCUAACAAUGGAGAAGAGGCAUUAAAUAUAUUCAAAUAAAAUAUACUAAAUGAAAAUAAAUAAUCUUAAAUAAAAUUAAUAGUUAUGGAUAUUAAUAUGCCAAUAAUGGAUGGUAUUCAAGCAACAAUAGAAAUUAACAAUUUUAUGAAUUAACUAAAGGGAUAAAACACCGAUUUUUUAGAGACUAACAUUGUAGCGUGCUCUAGCUAUGACGACUAUGAUACAAAAUAAGAAUGCAUGAAUGCAGGCAUGAUUUCCUAUAUUUCGAAACCCUGUAACAAAGAGUAAUUAACUCAUAUAAUCUAAAAAUAUUACCUCAAAUGA